AUGCGUUGCUUGGCAGCUCGGGUCAACUACAAGACUCUGAUUGUCAUCUGUGCCCUCUUCACCCUGCUGAUGGUGCUGCUGUGGAACCGCUGCUCCUCGGACAGAGCCGGGCCCUACCCCCGCGGCCUCGCCGGCCUCGAGCGGCGAGCAGCCGCCAGCGACCCGGGCAGGCAGCAGAGCGAGGAGGCAUCGCCCCAGGAGCAGCAGAAGGCUCCUCCGGUCGCUGGGGGCUUCAACAACAAAGCCCCAGGGCUGAAGUACGAGGAGAUUGACUGCCUGAUCAACGACGAGCACACCAUUAAAGGCAGGAGAGAAGGCAACGAGGUCUUCCUGCCCUUCAGCUGGGUGGAGAAGUACUUUGAGGUGUAUGGGAAGAUUGCUCAGUAUGAUGGCUAUGACAGGUUUGAGUUCUCUCAUAGCUACUCCAAAGUAUACACACAGCGAGCACCUUACCACCCUGAUGGGGUCUUCAUGUCCUUUGAGGGCUACAACGUGGAGGUUCGGGACAGGGUGAAGUGCAUCAGUGGAGUUGAAGGCAGCAGGAAGCCAUCACAUCUCCAUCAACAACAUCUAUUAGUGACACAAAGCACCAAACUGUGUGUGCCCUUGUCCACGCAGUGGGGCCCCCAAGGCUAUUUCUACCCCAUCCAGAUCGCGCAGUACGGCCUGAGCCACUACAGCAAGAACCUGACGGAGAAGCCACCUCACAUCGAGGUGUAUGAGACAGCUGAGGAGAAGGACAAGGCCAGCAGGGCUGCAGAAUGGACAGUGCCAAAGGGCUGCUCCCUGUCCACAGUGGCAGACAAAGCCAAGUUCACCAGCGUCAAGCAGUUUGUGGCACCAGAGAAUAGCGAGGGGGUGUCUCUGCAGCUGGGCAACAGCCGAGAUUUCAUCAUUUCUUUUGACCUGAAGUUGACAACCAACGGAAGCAUUUCCGUGGUGCUGGAGACGACGGAGAGGAACCAGCUCUUCACCGUGCACUACGUCUCCAACACCCAGCUCAUCGCUUUCAAGGACAGAGACAUCUACUACGGCAUCGGUCCCAGGACUAGCUGGAGCACCCUCACCAGGGACCUGGUCACCGACCUGCGGAAGGGCGUUGGCCUCUCCAACACGAAAGCCGUGAAGCAGACCAAAAUCAUGCCCAAGAGAGUGGUGAGGCUGGUAGCCAAGGGCAGAGGCUUCCUUGACAACGUCACCAUCUCAGCCACCGCACACAUGGCAGCUUUCUUCGCCGCCAGCCACUGGCUGGUGAGGAACCAGGACGAGCGGGGCGGCUGGCCCAUCAUGGUGACCAGGAAGCUGGGGGAGGGCUUUAAGUCCUUGGAGCCGGGUUGGUACUCAGCCAUGGCCCAAGGGCAGGCCAUCUCCACGCUGGUGCGGGCCUACCUGCUGACCAAGGAGCAGGCGUUCCUCAGCGCAGCCCUGCGGGCCACGGCUCCCUACAAGCUGCCGGCGGAGCAGCGCGGGGUGAAGGCUGUCUUCAUGAACCGCCACGACUGGUACGAGGAGUACCCCACCUCCCCCAGCUCCUUCGUGCUCAACGGCUUCAUGUACUCCUUGAUUGGCCUCUAUGACUUGAAGGAGACUGCGGGGGAGAAGCUGGGGAAGGAGGCCCGCCUCCUCUAUGAGCGUGGCAUGGAAUCCCUGAAGGCCAUGCUUCCCCUCUACGACACCGGCUCAGGGACCAUCUACGACCUUCGGCACUUCAUGCUCGGCACCGCUCCCAACUUGGCCCGCUGGGACUACCACACCACCCACAUCAACCAGCUCCAGCUCCUCAGCACCAUAGAUGAGUCACCCAUCUUCAAAGAGUUCGUCAAGAGGUGGAAGAGCUACCUGCGAGGCGGCCGGGCAAAGCACAACUAA